CUUCUCUUUCUCUUCUCCCUUCACCAUCAGUUUCCUUCUGCUCUCUCUCUCUCUCUUCCCUAAGUUUCCCUCUCUCUAGAUUCACAGAGAGAGCAAAGCCUCUAUCCUUCAUCUCCCUCUCUCCUUCACUUCAUAAACCCCAUCACCAUAACAUUCUACGGAGAGAAAAACCCGCCAUUGUUUCACUCUAAGAGAGAGAGAGAGAAGGAAAAUGGAUGGUGUUACACCAAAGUUUGUGUUACCGGAGACAUUCGACGGCGUGAGGAUGGAGAUCACAGGCCAGCUAGGCAUGAUCUGGGAGCUUGUCAAAGCACCAGUCAUUGUCCCUCUUCUUCAGCUAGCGGUUUACAUCUGUCUGCUCAUGUCUCUCAUGCUGUUAGGUGAGAGGGUUUACAUGGGAUUCGUCAUCGUCCUCGUCAAGCUCUUCUGGAAAAAACCAGACCAACGCUACAAGUUCGAGCCCAUUCAAGAUGAUGAAGAGCUUGGAAGCUCUAACUUCCCUGUGGUCCUCGUCCAAAUCCCCAUGUUCAACGAACGAGAGGUUUACAAGCUAUCAAUAGGAGCGGCGAGUGGACUAUCAUGGCCGUCCGAUCGUCUCGUGAUUCAAGUCUUGGAUGACUCAACAGAUCCUACCGUUAAGCAAAUGGUGGAACUAGAAUGCCAAAGAUGGGCAAGUAAAGGAAUCAAUAUAAGGUAUCAAAUCAGAGAGAACAGAGUUGGUUACAAGGCCGGUGCGUUAAAGGAAGGUCUCAAACGCAGUUAUGUCAAACAUUGCGAGUAUGUUGUCAUCUUCGACGCUGAUUUUCAGCCUGAACCGGACUUUCUUCGCCGUAGCAUUCCAUUUCUCGUCCACAACCCCAACAUUGCACUUGUCCAGGCCCGGUGGAGAUUCGUAAAUUCUGAUGAAUGCUUGUUGACGAGGAUGCAAGAAAUGUCGCUGGACUAUCAUUUCACUGUUGAGCAAGAAGUCGGUUCAGCAACACAUGCUUUCUUCGGUUUCAACGGGACCGCCGGAAUAUGGAGGAUAGCGGCCAUAAAUGAAGCAGGCGGGUGGAAAGAUAGGACCACCGUGGAAGAUAUGGACCUCGCCGUCCGAGCUAGUCUCCGUGGCUGGAAAUUUCUCUACCUCGGUGACCUUCAGGUGAAAAGUGAGCUUCCAAGUACUUUUAGAGCCUUCCGUUUCCAGCAACAUAGAUGGUCUUGUGGACCUGCAAAUCUCUUUAGGAAAAUGGUCAUGGAGAUUAUCAGAAACAAGAAAGUGAGAUUCUGGAAGAAAGUGUAUGUGAUAUACAGCUUCUUCUUUGUGAGGAAAGUCAUUGCACAUUGGGUGACAUUUUGUUUUUACUGCGUUGUUCUUCCUCUCACCAUUCUUGUCCCCGAAGUUAAAGUUCCCAUUUGGGGCUCCGUCUAUAUCCCUUCCAUCAUCACUAUCCUAAACUCUGUCGGCACUCCCAGGUCGAUUCAUCUGCUGUUCUAUUGGAUUCUAUUCGAGAAUGUGAUGUCGCUGCACCGGACAAAAGCCACACUCAUUGGUCUGUUUGAGGCAGGCAGAGCUAACGAAUGGGUCGUGACUGCUAAGCUUGGAAGCGGUCAAAGUGCUAAAGGGAACACAAAAGGGCUUAAAAGGUUCCCUAGAAUCUUCAAGUUGCCUGAUCG